AUGUACAUUUUUGUUCUUUCUGGCAAUUUAACACGUUUAUUUGUAAUUGCUUUCCAUCGCCAUUUUCAUAAACCAAUGUACAUGUUGCUUUGCAAUAUGAUAAUCUGUGAUCUAAUUGGAAGCACUGCUCUAAUGCCCAGGUUGAUGUACGGAUACUUUGCAAUCUGUAAUCCUUUGCGAUACCAUGGAGUAGUUUUUGUGUUGCUUUUUAUUCUCUUUUCUCUUAUAUUAAGACUUCCACGAUGCAGAUCUAUUAUAGUUCAUACAUAUUGCUUUAAUGGAGCUUUAUAUUUAUUAUCUUGUGUUGAUACUACUGUGAACAAUAUUUAUGGUUAG